AAUCCACGACAGCUAUUUGCUGAACUAACGUCACAGUUAAAGAGAAAGGUCUGUUACUUGGUCAGCUAAAAACUAUUGAAAUGCAAAGGCAGUGAUAGCUAUUUUAUGUCAAAUGUUAUCGGUUCAGCAUACCGAUAUUCAAAACUGCGGUCUAACGACGCCGAUAGGCCAGCUAGAAGCCACUUUGGGGACGCUCUGCCAGUCGGACUGACAACAGAGGGGAUGAUCUCAGACUGGGGGUCCGAUCAGUGAGAAGUCCCUGUGACUGUGAAUGUGUCUGUGAGGUACAUUAGGAUGAGCGGGCUCCACUCUAUCGCUGCCUGCGGGGACUGAGAGACACCGCUCUAUACACAGCAGUCGAUGCGGUCUUCCACCGCAUCACCCGUGGCUGAGAAUCCAGCAUGUCUCGCGUCUCCACCACCGCCAAGCGCUACACCGGCUCCUCCUAUACCAGUACCUAUAGUUCCUAUGGCUCCUCCCUGACGCCAUCCUCCCUCAGCUCCUACACCUCUGACCGGGACAGGCUGCCCUCCUACAGGAGCAACGCUGCCUCCUCCUCGGGCUACUCCUCCUCCAGCUACCUGAGCAGCACCGCCAGCCGCGCCCGCAACUACAGCACCUCCUUGGAGCUCGACCGGGGCCGGCCCAUCCCCCGCACUGACCUCCUGAGCAGCAGCAGCCGGCGUAGCGAGAGCCUGAGCCGCACCCCGGUGAAGACCUAUGGCUCGUCGGGCCUGAGCGGCGGCUCCGGUUACACUGGCUACAGCAGCUACUCCUCGUCCACCACGCCCAGCCGCUCCAGCUACCUCUCCUCGUCGCCUGGCGCCUCCAGCAUCUCCCUCAGCCGCCGGAGGUCGUCGAGCCAGAGUGACCUGACGCGGGACCUGUCGUCCCUGGGCCUCAACGAGCCCACGUCCCCUUCCUCCUCCUCCUCGAGCGCCCUGAGGGGUUACCGGAGCAGGGCCAGCGAUGUGGCCGACUCCUACAACAGCAGCCUGCAGAGCUCCAGCUAUGGCCUGUCCCACAGCGCCACGCAGGAGGCCUUAAGCAGCAGCAGCCUGAAGAGCGGUGGUGGUAGCCGCUUCACCUCCUCCUACGAGAGGAGCGACAGCAGCAACGGACGACCCAGCUCCCCCACCAGGGACUCCCCGAACUCCAAGAGUGCCCAGGGCCUAGUGGGCCUACGGAACCUGGGAAAUACCUGCUUCAUGAACUCCAUCCUGCAGUGUCUCAGCAACACGCACAACCUCCGGGACUACUGCCUCCACAACUCCCACCGACGCGACCUUAACAAAAACAGCCGCACCAACACUGGGGCGCUCAUGGAGGAAUUUGCCAAGCUCCUCCAGACCAUGUGGACGUCGUCGAGCAGCGAGGCGGUCGGCCCGUCAGAGUUCAAAACUCAGAUCCAGAGAUACGCCCCCCGAUUUGUGGGAUACAACCAACAGGACGCCCAGGAGUUCCUGCGCUUCCUGCUGGACGGACUGCACAACGAGGUAAACCGGGUCACGGUGCGGCCGCGGGGCAGCUCAGAGGACUUUGACCACUUGCCUGACCGGGAGAAAGGGGAUAGAAUGUGGAGCAAGUACCUGGAGAGAGAGGACAGUAAAAUAGUGGACCUGUUUGUGGGUCAGCUGAAGAGCUCGUUGACAUGCAGCACGUGUGGUUACUGCUCCACUGUCUUUGACCCCUUCUGGGAUCUCUCUCUACCCAUCGCCAAGAAGGGCUACGGAGAAGUGAGUCUGAUGGACUGCAUGAGUCUCUUCACCAAAGAGGAUGUGCUCGAGGGCGAUGAAAAACCAACGUGCUACAGGUGUAAAGCCAGAAGAAGAUGCACAAAGAAGUUCACUGUACAGAAAUUCCCCAAGAUCUUAGUGCUUCAUCUGAAACGUUUCUCUGAAGCGCGGAGAACCAGCAAACUGUCCACAUUUGUCAACUUCCCCAUGGAGAAACUGGACCUCAGGGAGUUUGCCUCGGAAAACAGCAUAAAUGCAGUUUAUAACCUGUACGCAGUGUCCAAUCACUCAGGCACGACCAUGGGUGGCCACUACACAGCGUACUGUCGCAACCCCACCUCGGGAGAAUGGUACACGUUCAAUGACUCCAGAGUAACGCCAAUGUCCUCCAGCCAAGUGCGCAGCAGUGACGCCUACGUGCUGUUCUACGAGCUGGCCUCCUCCUCGCGGAUGUGAGGGCCUCCUGGAGGAGGAGGGCACUGCAGACGGAGGGAGGGAGGAAGAGGAGGGCAAAGCCAGGUCCAUUAGGACUAAUCACAUCCACAACAGAGAGAGGCUACUACUUCCCCCUUCCCCAACUUCAUCCACAACAGAGAGAGGCUACUACUUCCCCCUUCCCCAACUUCAUCCACAACAGAGAGAAGCUACUACUUCCCUCUUCCCCAACUUCAUCCACAACAGAGAGAAGCUACUACUUCCCUCUUCCCCAACUUCAUCCACAACAGAGAGAAGCUACUACUUACCCAACUUCAUCCACAACAGAGAGAGGUUUCUUCAACUGCUGGAUGUCCACCCUCAGACUAUGGAAACACUACAGGAAUCUGUCAUAUUUGCUGUUGUCGUUCAACCCAUCCCUCCUCACUUCACUCCCUCUCUCUUCUCUCUGCUGUCUCUCUCUUCCUCUCUCUCUUCUCUCUGCUUCCUCUCUCUCUCUCUCUCUCUCUGCUCUUGGGGAGCAGGGUGGUCAGAGGAGUUGGCCUGUGCGUUUGUGUGAACGUGUGUGUCUCAGAGAGUGUGUGUGUGUGUGUGUUAUCACAGGAGACCCUCUCCAGGCAAUAAAAACCAAGCGUCUCCUUCUCCGAAGUCCCUCUCUCUAUGCACUGCAACAAACCAAACUCUCGUCCCGACUGCGCCUUCUUCUCUUCUUCUUGUUCGAGAUCGCCUCAAUAUUAAAAAAGACAUUGUUUCAAUUUA